AUGAUGAAGAGGGUACCAUCGCCCAAAUAUGCAGCAAUUACGAUUGCUAUGGUAUGCCUGUGGGCUAUUGCUGAGUGUGUUCCCGAUACCACCCUCAUGAACGCUCUCUGCAACGCUGGUGUCUUCACCUCCGGCGAUCCUUUCUCCAUCAGCUUAGACUAUGUUCUUCAAGAACUCCAGACGGUGACGUCAACGAGGACAACUUACGAUUACCCCAACAUUUCUCCUUAUCCCAAUGCCUUUGCCUAUGGACAUGCUUCCUGUAACACCAAUCUCACCACCUCUGACUGCAAUACCUGUCUUGCUGCUGCCAAAACGGCCUUGUUCGGGACGUGUCAGAAUCGGAUUGGGGCUCGCUCCUUGCUUCGUGAUUGUACUCUCAGGUUGCAGUCCGAGGAUUUGGAUUCAUCUCGUCAGGAACCGCACGACCUGUUUUAUUUUAAUCUUUAUUAA